CUGAACCUGGUUGCAAAGAAACCAAAAAUAACAUGCUCAUUAAACAAUACAAUAUAUGUUUACCACAGAUAAAUCUUGCCACAUCUUUCCAGUUUCAUAGGUGAGCUCCCAAGUCCAGAAAAGAUGUGAUACAGUUUCAGGACAGAGCAAAAUGGAUACUUAUUAUCAAUAUCAGCUCUAAAUCUUUUAAUGAAACGCUUUACAGGAUAAAUGUGUAGAAUUUGAAAGGAAACCUCUGCAUAAAGAAGUAAGAUUGCCUUCGUGGUUUGUUUCUCGAGUUGAAGCGCCUCGGAUUUGGCCGCAAGGUGGCACCCGUGUGUUGUUGUCGUCGAGCUCACCUGCCGUAAAAGCAACGCCGAAGAAGAAAUUGGCGGGGCUUCAAUGCGACGCAGAAGCGACGCGACAGCGAGGCGAAAAAAAGGUCAAAACGUUGGUACGGGAUAAUAACAUAAUCUGACUGUUGGACAAAAACAAUGAUGUCGGACGAGGAGAGCGAGCGACAACGAAUACAUCUGGAAGCUGAUGCCAAGAAUCACAUCGUGUUGUACAUGAAAGCGUGUAGCAUGAAUUUAGUUCCUCGUUGGACCAAACAGCAAGCAAAACAAACGUAUGGCAGCCAUCUGGGAUUUCCCAGCCAUACGGAACACUGCCUAGGCACCCAGCAGCUGAUUGGUCAUCAGGAAGAACUUCCAGCCAAAUCACAGUGUUGGAGCUCCAGUUUGAAGCAAGAGGAUCCACAGCACCCCGGGGUUAAAGUGGAAGAGGAGGACCAACAUCCGCUCCACAUUAAAGAGGAAGAUGUUCCACAGACCCCCCUCGUUGAAGAAGAAGAGGAGGACGCACAGAACCUCCACAUUAAAGAGGAAGAGGAGGAGGCUGAUGUCAGCAAUUUGCCACUGACUGGUGUUUCUGUGAAGAGUGAAGACGAACCACCCGAGUUGUCACAGUGUCAUCAUCACAGUCUAAGUGGAGACCAUUGUGGAGGACCACCACCAGACAACCUCUUAGCUCCACUGUCAGAUUGUGACGACAUGGAAGAAUCUUUGAGGAGCGACACAGACUGUGAAGGUGAUGACAAAUGGACAAAAUGCUCUGAAAAAGAGACAACUCUUUGCAGCAAGGAAACUUCAGAAAAAUGUAAAAAACGUGUUACCUGCUCAGUGUGUGGUACAAGUUUUGCUAAAAAACAUAUACUUAGACACAUGAGAACACACACAGGUGAAAAACCCUAUAGUUGCUCAACUUGUGGUAAAACAUUCUCUCGUAAGGAACAUUUGGAACCACACAUGAGAAUACACUCAGGAGAAAAACCCUUUAGUUGCACAAUUUGUGGUAAAACAUUCUCUCAUAAGGAAACUAUGGGAGCACACAUGAGAUCGCACACGAGAGAAAACCCCUUUUGUUGCUCAACUUGCAGUAAAACAUUCUCUCAUAAGGAAACAAUGGUAACACACAUGCAAUCACACAGUGGAGAAAAUCUCUUUUGUUGCACAACUUGUGGUAAAACAUUUUCGCGAAAGUCAAACAUGGUAACACACACGAGAAUGCACACGGGAGAAAAACCUUUUCAUUGCUCAUUGUGCGAUAAAACAUUCUCUCAUAAGUCACACUUGGUAUCACACGUGAAAAUACACACAGGAGAAAAACCCUUUAGUUGUUCAGUAUGCGGUAAAGCAUUCUCUCGAAAGCAACAUUUGGAAUCACACACAAGAACACACACAGGAGAAAAACCCUUCAGAUGCUUACUUUGUGGUGGAACCUACGCGCAUAGGUCCAGUUUGACUGAACACAUGUGGACACAUCAGAAAGGGAAAGCAGGUGUUUUACAGUCGUCCCCCCGUAAUGCUGCGGCAUCCAAAGUCAAAGAAAAAGGCGGAAGUUAGCGAAAGGGGCGAAGAGGCGUGAGGGCGAUCAGGCCAACGGAAGUGUCGUAAUUUCCAGUUGACAGUCAGUCAUUUGAACUAUAGUGGCACCUCGACUUACGAGUGACCUGAGCUCAAGUUGUUCGAGAUACGAGCCAUCGCUCAGCCGUUUUAUUUUGCGUUGUUGUUGUUGUCUUGCGUUGCAGACAAAAAUAUGAGUAUACGAGUGUUAAGUAGGGCCAGCGAGCUUCACAACAAUCAGGAGGCUGCUAGAACAAUUAAAAAUCACAGGGGUUCCACCCCUGAAUGGGAUUAAAUGGUUAUUUUUCAACUAGUUGUCAAUCAAACAUUCACGCUGUCAGGGGUGACUGUAGGGUCCAAAUUUUAGGAUCAGUUUAGUGGUGCUGAGCUCCCGCUGAGGCAGGAUAAAUUUCACUGUUUUGUACAUUUUAAUGGAAUUUCAUUGCUACAUUUAUGAAAGAGAAGCAACACUUCAGGAGAAAGUCUAAGUAAACCAUCAAAUCUGAUAAAGGUUAUUCAAAUAUUGAGCCUCAGCUAAAGAGGUAUGGAUUUACAGUAGGAGGAAAAAGUAUGUGAACAAUGAGGAAUUUCUUAAAUUUCAGCAUGAAUUGGUCAUAAAAUGUGGUAUGAUCUUCAUCUAAAUCACAAGAAUGAACCAACAGUCUGCUUAAACUAAUACCACCGUGAUUUUUUAAAAAUAAAAAAUAAUUGUAUAGCAAUAUAGUAAUAUAUUAAAAAAAAAACAGAUUUUUUUUGGACCCUGCUCACAUGCAUAUAUUUAUUCUUUGUCCUCAGGAAAAAACAAUUACUCUUAUGAUUGCAGCUUCCUGAGUUUCGAAGAGACUGUCUUCUUCGUGGUUUCAUUAUGUAUUAUACUGCUCCCUGGUGACCAAGGCGUGCGUACCAGAAGGAGAAGAACAAUGCCUACUGAAUUAUUUAAUUCUUUACAUUCUAUUUAAUUAUGUUAUUACUGUAUGUUAUUAGGCGGCACGGUGGACGACUGGUUAGCACAUCUGCCUCACGGUUCUGAGGACCCGGGUUCAAAUCCCGGCCUCGCCUGUGUGAAGUUUGCAUAUUCUCCCCGUGCCUGUGUGGGUUUUCUCCGGGUACUUCGGUUUCCUCCUACAUCCCAAAAACAUGCAUGGGAGGUUAAUUGAAGACUCUAAAUUGCCCGUAGGUGUGAAUGUGUGUGCGAAUGGUUGUUUGUUUCUAUGUGCCCUGCGAUUGGCUGGCGACCAGUUCAGGGUGUACCCCGCCUCUCGCCCAAAGAUAGCUGGGAUAGGCUCCAGUGAGGAUAAGCGGUACGGAAAAUGAAUGAAUGUGUGUUAUUCUAAAGUGCAAUACUGUAGCAUGCUGUUUUUCAUAUUAAAAAAAAAAACAUUACAAACA